AUGCGCCUACGACCAAUUCUGUCCCCUAUCCAGGGGAUUUUGUUCCUGCGUGCCAGCGCUGUGGCGACGGCGGCGGCGGCAGCUCAGGUAGACCUCUCACAAUUCGUGAAUCCGUUCAUUGGCUCUGAAGGGCCAGUCCCAGGCUCUGGAUAUGGCGGCGGUGAUAUUUUUGUGGGCGGCGCGCGGCCGUUUGGUGUCGUGAAGGUUGGAAUCGACUCGACGGCUGCCAAUUGGAGCACUGCUGUCCUCAACGGCGGUUGGACACCCGAUGGUAAUGUCACUGCCAUCAGUAUGAUGCAUGAGCACGGUACUGGUGGCAGUCCCAAGUACGGGCUUAUUCCCCAGAUGCCCUUGACCUCGGUUGCUGCGCCGGUCAAUGUGCUGGACAAUGCCACCUACAGUCAGCCGAGGAUUGGGCAUGAUACGGCCAGUGUGGGUUACUACAAGACGCACCUACAGAGUGGAGUGAUUGUGGAACUGUCGGCAUCUCGUCAUGCUGGUAUUAUGGAGUACUCCUUCCCAAAGGGCGAGAAACAUGUUCUCGUGGACGUGUCUCACUAUCUACCUGGAAGCCCUGGCGAUGCGGAUGGCCAGUUCUAUGUUGGUGGAGAGAUUCAAAUCGAAGGCGACGGAAAAGCCUACAGUGGGUAUGGAACGUAUAUUGGCGGUUGGAAUAACGGCGCGCCUUUCACGGUGUUCUUUUAUGGAGAAUUCUCCGAGACUCCGGACCACUCCCAGACCUUCACAGGCGUGAACACAGACCCCAUGCCCCGGUAUCAAAAUCUGGCCGAUGGCGGCGUGAGCAUGCCGAGUUUCGCCUACGGCAACACAACCAGCAAAGUCACCUCAGGCCCUAUGAAUAACCGAAUCGGAGCCCUCAUGAGCUGGGAUAACGGCCCAGCUUGUCAUAUCACCUCUCGCGUGGGCAUCUCGUCCAUCUCGGUCGAAAAGGCCCGCUCAUACAUUCGCAAAGAAAUUCCCUCGUGGAACCUGAAUGACACGGUCACUGACGCUGUCAAGGAGUGGAAUGAGGAUGUUUUCAACAAAGUCCAGGUCCCCUUGGACAAUUCGGCGAAUAUGACGAACGUGAGGCUGCUGUAUAGUUCGCUGUAUUUCAUUCACUUGAUGCCGUCUGACCGAACCGGUGAGAAUCCACUGUGGGACUCAGGGGAGCCGUUUUGGGACGACUUUUAUACCAUGUGGGACAUCUUCCGUUGCACCGUCAGCUUCUACCAUAUAUUCCAGCCAACCUACUAUGAGUCCAUGAUCCGAGGACUUAUUGAUAUCUGGAGAUACCAAGGCUACCUCCCUGACGGCCGCAGCGGCAACUGGAAUGGCCUAGUCCAGGGCGGCUCCGAUGCGGAUAACAUGUUCGCAGACGCCUACGUCAAGGGCAUGCGCGGCUCCAUCAACUGGACAGACGGAUACCUAGCCAUGAAAAAGAACGCCGAAGUGACACCGUACAACACAUUCGACCCGACCGAUCUGACAGCCAGCACGAAAGAAGGCCGCGGUGCGCUCGACGACUGGAAGCAGCUCGGGUACGUGUCGCAGGAUCACAACACACGCUGCAUCUCGCGCACCGUUGAGUACAGUCUCAAUGAUUUUGCGCUCAGCCAGGUUGCCGCGGGCGAGAUGCCUGGGGACCGGACGAAAUAUUUGAAUCGCUCUGCUAAUUGGCAGAAUAUCUGGGAUAAGGAUGUCAAGAGCCUGGGCUUCUCGGGAUUCCUGGCGCCGAAGCUUUCUGAUGGCUCGUUUAAUGAUUCUGGGUACGAUCCGCUUUACUGCUAUAGCUGUGAAUGGCAGUCUUAUACUUAUGAGGGUGUUCCGUGGGAAUACUCUUUCGUCGUUCCUCAUGAUAUGAAGACCUUGAUUCAGUUCAUGGGCGGAGCGAAGACCUUCGAGUCGCGUCUUGACAUGAUGUUCAAACCAAAUACAUCUGUGCAGAACCUUGGAGCGAACGGUGCGGGUAUUACCACAUUGCUGAACAUCGGCAACGAGCCCGACUUCGCGACCCCCUACCUGUACAACUACAUCAACAAGCAAUACAAGAGUGUGCAACAAUCCCGCGGACUGGGCUACCAGUACUUCAAAGACGCCCCGUACGGCAUCCCCGGCAACAGCGACGCCGGCGCCAUGAACUCGUGGCUCCUGUGGCAACUACUGGGUAUCUACCCCGUCGUCACACAACCAGUGUACCUCCUCUCGUCGCCCUGGUUCCCCGACCUGAACAUGACCGUCAGCGGAGACAAGACGCUGCGCAUCACGGCCAACGGUCUGAACGAGGGAAUUUACGUGCAAAGCGUCAAGGUCAAUGGCAAGGCGUGGACGAAGAACUGGUUUGAGCAUGAGGAUGUGAUGACGAAUGGCGGGACAAUUGAGUUCGAGCUUGGCGAGCAGCCAACCGUGUGGGAGACGGGUGAGGCACCGCCCUCGCCGGGACAUGUGCAGCUAUAA